AUGUCCAAAGUGAGAAAAGCCAGCGGUCCUGCCUCACAGCAGAACUCCCAGCAACAAACAAACCCGAUACCGGUUGCGCAGCCAACCGAUGCAUAUAUUCCUCCGUUUCUUAUGAAACAGAUACCGGAACUUGAAGCAUACGAAAAACUAUUAGACGCAGAACGGCGUAUUGAUUUACAUAUAGGGCGCAAGAAAAUCGAUUUGUAUCAAUCCGUUUCGCAACUGAAUGCGAUGAAGCAAGAAACGAAGGAAAAACAAUACCUACGAGUCUUCAUUUCGAACAUUUCCGAAAAUCAGCCGUGGCAAACGUCAGAGGAAGGUGCCGAACCUUCUUGGACUUUGCGCGUAGAGGGUAGGCUCGUUAACGGCCAAGAAGUGGACGAUCCUAACAGGCAGAAAUUCAGUUCUUUCUUGCAAGGUAUUGCAGUAGAUUUCAAAAAGCCCGAAGAUGAAGAAGAGCAGCCGCUUUCGAUCGUCGAAUGGCAUGCUGACCCGGCCGCGCCGGUAGAGUUUGAUGGUUUGGACGUGAAACGCACUGGAUCCGUCAAUGUCGCUUGUACUGUGACGAUACAACCUAGUGGCUUCACAGGAGAUCUAAUACAAUUUUCUCCACAGUUAGCGGCGGUUAUUGGACUUUCGCGCGGUAGCUUACAUGACGCAAUCUACUCGAUCUACAAAUACAUUCUUCUGAACGACUUAUUGGACAACGAUAGAACAGACGUGAGCACACAAUCUAACGCCUCGUCUGACAAUACAAAUGGUGAGAAGACAAUUGCUAAAGUGGACAAAUACCUGGCAACGUUACUCCCUGAGGAGAAAAGCACGAUCAAAUUGGUAGAACUUCCCGCUUUGGUGAAUCGUCACAUUUCUCCACUGCCACCAGUGCGCGUUGACUACACGGUUCGCGUAGACAAAGCCUCAACUUACGGCGAAACAGUCUUAGAUAUUGAAGUACCCUCGAAAAGCGACGACACCUCUGCGCAGGAGGGAAUGGCUUUGUUGAGUGAACUCAACCAGCUAAGCACUGCGGUCGAUCCAAAACUUCAAGCUUUAAAUCAAGAGCUAAAUGUUCUGCGUCUCCAACUGAAUGCAUGUGCAAGCAAGCACCAAUUUUUCAAAAAGAUGGCCGAAGAUCCUGUGCCGAUGCUUCAAGAGUAUGUUCAGUCCUCGUCCAGGGCGCUCAAAAUAUUGAGCGGCGAUGACGGUUUCAAUGAAGACACAGUUAGAAGAGCAAGCUUUUACAAAGAAAACGAAGCUAUGCUAUUCGAGAAUUUAGGCGUCCUGUUAUCGAACGGUCGGAUGUAA